AUUGCUUGCAAUGACGCGUUUACUCUUUUUCGGAGCAUUGCUGUGUUUAUCCGGCAGCUUGGCUAAGCCUAGCUCUAGAAGUGACUCAGUUGUAUUCUGCUACUACGAAGAAUGGUCCAACGAGAGGCCCUCAGUCGGCCGCUUCGGCGUCAGCGAUCUGCCCACGGACCUUUGCACGCACAUCGCCUACUCAUUCAUUACGCUCGACGGACCCACGGGAAACCUUACUAUCCCUGAAGAUACUUCUUAUGAGGGCAAGUCCAGUGUUGCUAGUCCCAACACGGGCGACUCGGAUGUAAAAAAUUUCAACUCCUUGAAACAGAUCGAUCCUGAUUUGAAAAUCUUGAUUUCUGUUGGCGGUUGGACAGAAGGUUCGACUAACUUUUCGGCGGUGGUCAAUGACGACGCUCUGAGGGCAAACUUCGUCAAAAACUUGUACGAGUACAUUGACACUAAAGGCUUCGAUGGUUGUGAUGUGGACUGGGAGUACCCUACCCAAAGAGGAGGCCUGGAGACAGAUAAGGAAAAAUUCAUUUCGUUGAUGAAGGAGUUGAAGGAAGCGUUCACGCCUAAAGGAUAUCUACUGACCGCCGCCGUGGCCGUCACCCAAGAUGACAUUGACCUGUCUUAUGACGUCGUAGCACUCAACAAAUACCUGGACUACAUAAACCUGAUGACAUACGAUCUUCACGGCAACUGGGACACAGUGACAGGCGCUAACGCCCCUCUUUACCCGCAGUUAACUGAUGGUCCUGAUGUCAAUAUGAAUGUUAACAAUUCUGUCCACGUCUGGGUCGAAAACGGCGCGUCUCCAUCCAAGCUGCUGCUCGGCCUAGGAAACUACGGAAACACCUUCACCCUGACCAGUCUGAAUAACACCAGCACUGGAGCACCUUUCGACGGAGCCGGAGAAGCCGGUCCCUAUACUAGCGAAGCCGGCACUUUGGCUUAUUAUGAGAUCUGCGAAGACCAGAAGAACAAUCCUUCUGAGUGGAACAUCACCGAAGUAAAGGGCAGCUACGUGUAUGCCAACAAGGGCCUCUUGUGGGUCGGCUACGACAACGCUAACACUAUCUACGCUAAGGGACGCUUCGCCAAGCAAAUGGGUCUAGCCGGUAUUAUGUACUGGUCCCCAGAUUUGGACGACUUCUACGGCCUCUGCGGGGAUAAGUUCCCGCUCACCAUAGCUGGCGUCAAGGGAUUCAAGGGAUGUAUGUUCACGGAGUUCAGGACAGACGGCUUUCAUGCCAUUAUGCGUAAACGUGCGGCAUCCCUGAUGCGACGCGUGCGCGCCAGCCCCAACAGCCUCCUACGUGUAGUGGCCAGCAGGCUGGAUUGCCCGUUCCAGCACCACUGGAUGAAAUUACUUGUCCGAUUACAGCAGUUUAAGGCGAAUGAUAAUUUCUUCGGCGGUGUUAAUAUCCUACUGUUUGGAGACCUGAUGCAGUUGCCUCCCGUGCCCAAAUCGGCUGGCGGCGCGUACUGCUUCAAGCAACCGCAGAUGUUAGAGUCCGAGGUGGUCAAUGACGAUGCUCUGAGGGCAAACUUCGUCAUAAACUUGUACGAGUACAUUAACACCAAAGGCUUCGAUGGUUGUGAUGUAGACUGA